UGAUUUUCACGGGGCGGGGGGAAUCACUUGUUGAGAGUCUUCCCAAGCCCACGCCGUAUGCUGCAGCACCCCUACAGCCGCCUUUUUUUUUCUAAAGAGAGAAUGGAAAAGGGGGGGAAUAGGAGAGAAGUAGUGGAGGAGCAGUGGAAGGAAUGGAAAAAAUAGUGGAAGGUUCAGAUACGUAACCAGUACAGUAUUUACUGUUUUUUUUAUUUUUAAUCAUUUUUCUCUAUUUUUUUAAAAAAUGCCUAGCUUCUUAGUUCCAGUGCACGUUUUCUGCCUGCUCAAAAUGUGUCCAUCUCCACAGAGUAGAGAUGUGUGUGUGCAUGAACACCUGCAAGUGUACAUCUUUGCUUGUUUGCUUGGGUUUGGUCCCAUAGUGUCUCCUUGCCUUCAGUGUUGCCCGUUCAUCUUGGUUGCUAAUGAAUGUGGUGUCAGAGAAGGCAUAAAACAACUUCCCCCCCCCGUGCAGCAUUUUCCUAUGCCAGGAAUUGUUCCUAGCUGGUUUGCUGUGUGUGGGACAACCUCAGGUGUGUCACUAAGUUUUUUUUAGAAAUAAAGUUCCUGUUUGUAUGAAGGCGUAAAGCUUGAUCUCAGCGCUAAUUUUUAACCUGCAUUGGUCAACCAAGAAUGAAACUAAGCCCAAUACCGUUAGCAAUUGCCUGAAUGGCUUUUAAAAAGUAAAUUGGUGCAGAGGCCUGAGCUGGGGAUGACAGAAGUUUUAAACCUCUGUGGUCAUGAUUUGGAUUAGACCCCUGUGCAGUGGCAUAGUGUGGAGUCUGGCCCUAAGGUGUAGGCAAAAUCCACUCAGUUUUGGACGACUAACAUUUCACUCCAGAAUAUAGUUGUCAAAAUGAGUGAGCCAGCCCGUAAGAGACACAGGAUUUACCUUUCUGACCCAAAAUGGGAAGAGAGACAACCAUCACCAUGCAUUAAGCCUGUGCUGCAAUCUAGGAGUGCCACAAUUACAUCUUUCAAAAUUGCAAAUGAGCUUGUUAAGAGAAAAAAAUCUUUUGAAGAUGGGGAGAUGGUGAAAGAGAUACUAUUGAUUGCUGGCGAGUCACUUUUUGAAGGGUUUUCCUAUAAAAGCGAAAUAAUUGCUGCAAUGAAAAUGUUGGAUCUGUCUAGAGAAACACUUGCCAGAAGAAUUGAAUCCAUUUCAAAUGACUUGGAGCAUCAACUACAAAAUGAUUUACAGAAAUGUCUUUGGUUUUCACUUCAACUUGAUGAAUCCACAGACAUGACAGGCACUUCACAGUUGAUAAUUAUUGUGAGGAUGGUGUUUGGUGACCUUUCUUUAAAAGAAGAACUCCUCAAAAUACUAUCUCUGAAAGGAACAGGUGGUGAGGAUAUAUUUCAGACUUUCAAAAACUAUGCCAAAGAAAUAAACUUGCCUAUUCACAAAUUGUCUUCCAUCACCACUAAUGGGGCACCAGCAAUGGUGGACUGCACCGGUGGGUUCAUUGCCCACUGCCAGAAAGAUUACUCUUUCCCGAAGUUUGUUUCAUAUCACUGCAUCAUUCACCAGGAAGCAGUGUGUGCUGAAAUACUCCAGUUUAAACAUAUCAUGGAUGUUAAUACAAAAAUAAUAGCCUCCAUCCAGACUAUCUGCUUGCAGCACAAACUUCUUAAGGCACUUUUGAAGGAUGUUGAUACUGAACAUAGCAAUUGCAUUUUGUACACUGAAGAUAGAUGGCUAAGUGGAAAGGUUCUUGCCAGAUUUUUAAACCUGGCUGAAGAAAUAAAGGAGUUCUUAAAGUCUGAAGAUCAGUACAUUGAGCAACUUGAUGACAGGCUUUGGUUGAUGGACUUGGCUUUUCUUGCUGAUUUGAUGCAAAAACUAAACAGUUUAAACACUGAGCUUCACAGAAAAAAUAGCCAUAUUUCUGGCAUGAUCUCAUCAGUCAAUUCCUUCAAAGGUAAAUUAAAGUUGUGGAAGUCACACUUGCAGAGGAAAUCAUUACUACAUUUCCCUUCAAUGAAGCAAGUUGUUAAGGGUGAUUUCAAUCACAUGCGAUUUGUGGACAAACUUGAAACACUUGAGGAACACUUCCAGACUCGAUUUCAACAAUUCACUGAUACUGAACUACUUGUUGCAUUUUUUGAAAAUCCGUUCAGUCCAGUUGAUGUCACAGAAAUAGCAGCAGCCGUUGGGGAACUGUGUCAGGCUGGAGUAGAGGAAAUCAAACUAGAGCUUGUGGACCUUCAGAGUGACUUGUUUUUAAAAUCAAAUUCAAGACAUGACAAUUUUUGGAGUCUGGUUGAUUCUCAAAAGUUUGCUUUGUUGAGGAAAGCUGCUGCAAAGAUAAAAUCUUACUUUGGAUCUGCUUAUCUGUGUGAUUCACUCUUCUCAACAAAGAAAUAUAUUGAAUCAGAAAACAGAACACAGCUGACUGAAGAGCAUCUGCUUGACUGUUUGCGAGCUGCAAUGUCAUCAUACACUCCCAAUUACGAGAAGCUUGCAGAUGUCGUGUAGUGUCAAGCAUCGUACUAGUCUAGGGCCCCGAGUUUCAAAAUGUGAAGUAAUACUGGGAAUAUUAUUACAAGACCCAGUAACAUCAGCCCACAAAAUCUAGGGCUCAUGGACCUGUUUCAGAUAUUUUUAAUUAGGCUUCUCCAUCAUUUUGCAGUCUGUUCUCCCCCCCCGAGCUUCUGUACCUAGACCUUCCCAGUAUUGAGACUGCCCCCAACAAUACUCAGAAUUCCAAAAAAUGAGUAUGCAUAAGCGUGGGGGGAAGAGACGAUGCUUGGCUACGGAGAGAAAAAAAUUGAGGAGGGCAAGGUACAGACACUUUACUUGAGGAAUAUAUGUAUCAACAUGGCAUAGAAUAGUAUCAUUUAUAUCAAGAUCUCCUCAGUAACAUGGCAGCUGAAGCUUGUGCAUUUAAGUGUGUGUGUGGGAAGUAAUUGCCACUUAUACUUGAGCCUUGAAAGUGAAUGGGAUAAAGUACUAGGUACAUCUCUUGCUCCAUUGGGACUAGGCUGAUGCUAAGCAUUCAUGGACAGACUUCUGUUGGUACAAUACAACUUCCAAUCUGUUAUACAAAGUUACCUCCUCCAUUGAACUUUACACACAUUUUAUGGUUAAAAACACUGAUCCAAAUUCUGAUAGUGUGCUAGAAUUUGACAAGUACUAACACUUUAUUAUUCAGUAUUCGUUUACCAUGAUGUGGUUUAUUUUUCUGAACUCCUGUAUCAGAGGUAAUUUCAUGUAUAGGUAUAAAACAUUAUUACAUGGCAUCUGUGUAUGUUCACUUUAAAAAUAAAUGAUUUCAGAACAGA